GCUGAACCACUCAGCAGUUCAAAUCAGAGCCGCAAGGACAACUUUCACAUUCACAAGAUGUAGAGCUUGCUUAGUCAAGGGAGUUCUCGUGAAUGGCAGUCUCCAAAACAUCCUGCAGGGACAGUCACGCCCAGUUUUUAAGCUAAACUGAAAUGAAUGAUAUUGUGCGUGCUCCAUCCAAAACUAUCACCAAAACAAGACUGAGUUGGAAGAUUUACGAUGAGUGACAUCUCUUUCCUGCUGAACUUGAUGGGUGUCAGAAGCGCCCUUCUCUCAUUCAGUUUAUGGCUUUGUCGAUACACCCAGUAGUGUGCAGUCGGAACAGGGUAUCGGCAAUGAACCCCUUGUGGAAAAUCCAAGACUCGGUUGUAAGGGCUGCGACAACCAGAGAGGACUGAACACUAGUCUUUGCUAGUGAAAAGGCAAAACACAUUUAGAAAAAGGAACAAAGCAGCCUUAGUAAAGAAAAAAGCCGCAAGUCAUGGGUAUACAGCACCUUUUGCUUCUUUUGAUAUAUUUGGACCAACUAAACGUACUGUGUGCAGCUACAGCGAAGAAGGUGAAGGUUGUUCCUAAACGACCUCAGAAGGCGAAGGAAGUCAACAGCACUGCCGCCGUUCCCACAGCAGCUCCGCGGCGGAGAACACAGGUCCAGCCGCCUGCAACGGGCGGGCAUGAAACGUGCCUGGGUUACUACGACGUGAGCGGACAAUUUGAUAAAGAAUUCGAAUGCAAUAACACCGACCACCGUUACUGCUGUGGAAGUUGUUUUCUGCGGUUCUGUUGUCAGUUUAAAGGAAACCGAUUAGAGCAGAAAACCUGUACCAAUUACAACACACCAGACUGGGUCAAAACCCAGCCUCCCUCCCCUGUGCCAACAGGUGACACUUACGAUCCCAAUUUGGAUCAGACGAAUACAACAGUCUACAUCACUUGUGGGGUAAUAGCUUUUAUCAUCGUCCUCGGAGUUUCUGCGAAAGUUGCUUAUGACAAAGCAACCAGGCCCCCUCAGGAAAUGAAUGUCCACAGAGCACUUGCAGAGAUUUUGAGGCAGCAAGGACCCAUUCCAAUAUCUCAAUAUGAGCGUGAAAAUAUUGCAGCAAUGGAUGGCUCACCCAAAGAAAAUACACCUGUACGGACUUCUAAAAACCACUACACCCCAGUUCACACAUCAAAGUCAAACCAUGGAGGACAUUACACAAAAGAAAAUGUUCGCAGCGGAGGGCAUGAUCUUCACAAUUUUAUCUCCUCCGGGUUUGUGACGCUAGGACGAGGACAUCUAAAAGGAACCCAACAGUGGCCAGGGCGGGUGCAGAGCCAUCAUGGGAACCACCAACACAACUACAACCACCUGGUUCUUACAAGCCCUACUCGAACACCUAAAAAUGCCCACAGAGCAGUGAGACAUGAGAGCUCUCGGAUGAACAGUAUUCUCACCUCGCAGACGGAGCCCUACGACCUGUCUUUCUCCCGCUCCUUCCAGAGCCUCUCCCACCUGCCCCCUUCCUACGAGUCAGCCGUCAAAUCUGAUUUAAACAAAUAUUCUUCUCUCAAGAGACUAACCGAUAAGGACGUAGACGAGUACUACACGCGGAAACGGCACCUGCCGGACCUGGCGGCACGCGGCACGCUCCCCCUGCACGUGAUAAAGAUGACCCAGGAGCAGCAGAGCACGCAGCAGCGACAGCAGCAGCGGCCCCCUCGUGCACGCGUGCAGAGGGCCAUGUCCCAAGACCAGGUGCUUUCCCCGGAGCGGGGAGCCGCGCACGACUACGGCGUGUCCUCCUACGACAUGUCCGCCUACGGAGGGCGAAUCUUGUCCGACGAGCAGCUGCUGUCGGCCGAGCGUCUCCUGUCCCAGGACCGCCUCUACUCCCAGGACCGCCUGCACUCCCAAGACCGCCUGCACUCCCAGGACCGCCUGCACUCCCAAGACCCGCUCCUCUCCCCUGACAAGAUGAUGUCACUGAAGCGCUCCGGCAUCCACGACAAGGCCAUGUCCCGAGCCCUGUCCCACACGGACGUGUUCAUGCCCACCACGCCCAUCAUGGACCGCUACAAGAUGACAAAAAUGCACUCUCAUCCCAGUGCCUCGAACAAUGCGCACAACACCUUAACUAUGAACCAGACGGUGUCCAAGCGGCAGGCGUUCGCAGCCCGACGGACCCACACUGUGGAGCAGCUGCAUUACGUCCCAGGACACCACCAUCACUACCGCACAGGGAGCAAGACCGAGGUAACUGUCUAACCACCAGGCAGAGGGCUUUCAUUAUCCAACAGCAGCAAAGAUGGCAAAGAGCACCACCAAUACCAACAACAACUGGAGCAACUAGUGUUCAGAGUAGUCCCAGCAAAGUCUUAUUGGCCACAAUAGGGUAAGAUUUUUUAUUUUACAGACUAAAUUGGUAUUUGUUUUUAGCACCAGCUUUCCAAUUCAAAUUCAUUCAGUGUUCGGUUUCCAUAUGAUGGAUACAUGAUUUAGAAGGCAGAUCAAAUGUUUCUUCUCUAACGAGUUCUAUUUUCAACAAUUAGUGUGUAUUUAAAGGGCUUUGCAAGUUGGCACAUAAGGAGCGAUAUCUCAGUGGUUACCGGUAUGAAAGAAAACAUGCUUAAAGAUGUGGAACUGAAAUGAAACUGUAAUAACUUUAUAAAUAUAUACAUAUAUAUCGACUAUUUGUUCUCACAGUCCUAGUUAUAGCUUUAGAGAUUCUUCUUGAACUAAACUGGUGUUAGCACUUCUAUCGGUGCCUCUCAAAAAUGCUCCAUUUCAAUAAUGAAGUGGCUUUGUGGGUUAAAAAGCACAAUCAAUUCCGAAAUGUUACGUUUUCUUUUAAAUUUUGUUAAUGGCUAGCACGUAUCAGCUUAUUGUUAAAACAAUGGCAAUUACUUUGCGUAGAUGAUUGUAAAUAGGCUAUAUUAGCGGCAGUAAAUGGGAGAGUCUACUGGUAGGCUUUUGUACUAAAGAAACUAUUUAUGUUGUGGAGUAACAUAUAUUGACCACAAUUUCAGAAUAGACAACCCACUGAACAAAUAUAUUACUUACACAUGAGUACAGUAAUGUAUGUCUGUCUUUUUAAAUGUGUUUGUAGACUGAGAAGUUGAAUGAAUGUUGUUGACCGACAAUAUACCACUGUUGAUAUCCGGCUUUAGACUGUGUCCCAGUGAUUCUCAGAACAGGUAGCCAUCUUAAGCUUGUUGCAGUAGUAUCAAAUAACAUAAUUAUUUUUUAGAGCAUCCUCUUGUACAUCUUAUAUUUGUGCUUGGCCAAGAAAAGCUGCUUUCUUUUUUUACAUAUAAAAAAAAUGGUGUAUAUAAAACACUGCAUAUGUGAGACUGGAAUAAUUAUUGUUGUGCAAUGUUUAAAUUGUUGCAGAUGUCUCGAUUAAAACGAAACAAUCAAUGGAGAAAUUCUAAUACUAGUAAAGGAAGGAUUAAAACUGUGAACUAUUUGUCAAAAUGUUUCGAUUAAAGCAAUGCCUUAUAUUAUAAAAUCCCAAACAAUUGAUACACUUAAUAUCUUUUCAUCGUGUCUGCAUCUUUCUCAAUUUUGAUGAAAACUGGCCUUUUAUUCUCAAUUUCUUAGAGGAUGAUGUUAAGAAUACCAGCAAUAGAUAGGUGACAAAGAUGAUAUACCUCAGAUUUUAGGAAAGAUUGUUUCCUGAAGAGGAGGAGAGGUAGUGAGAAGAAUUUACAGUAUUUUAAAGAGUUAUAUUUAUAUUUCAUUCAGGUUUUGAAAUCAAAUUGAAGAAUUCAAUGUAAUAAACUCACCAAGAAUUUAUUGAUGCAGAACAGAGAGAUAAGAGUAUGUCGUUAAUCCUGUCCAUGAUUUUUCUUAAAUAAGUUAAUUCUCAUUUUGUGAGGCCCAAAGCGUUUACUAACCCUAGUAUGAAACAUGUAGGUGGUACAGAAAUUAUGUUAGAUAUCAGGAUAGAUGCUAAUGCUUUAAUUAUUUAAAAUGGGUAACACAGUAAUUAUCUGUUGCACAUGCAAUAGGCAUUUUAAUUCUGGCUUCAGUUCAGAAUCACUUCCCAUGGAACCCUUUCCCCUAUCCAGCAUUGCCCUCAUAUAUCAACAACUGAAUAUAUCAACAACUGAAUCAGUACAUUGCUCAUGUUUUUUGUCAGAUUAUAAUCUUUUUUUCGCAAGCCACCUCAUAAAAUGUAAAAUAACACACUGCCUUAUAUUUUUUUAUUACUCAGUUCUAAAGCUGAAACUGGAAGGGGCUCUUGUCAACUCAAAAAGGAAAGCACUUAAGUUCAAAAAUCUUCCAGAAAAGGGCUUAUGUAAUUAUAUACAAAAAAUAUUAAUGAUUAAUAACCGCAGAUUGCAUUACUAUAUUAUUGUAUCUACAUUACAACCCAUGCCACUUUCCUUUUCAAAGAAUCCAUAGCAUAUAAAAUAGGUAAGGUGUCCCCAGUUUUUGAGUGUCUAUACUGCUCAAUUAUCCAAUUAUUGUGGAAAUGAUUGGCAUUAUUGUUAUGUGUGUGAUUAGUAUUUUGGGGAGGAACCUAGUUCUGUCAGACUUGGUGUGAUAGUCAACAUUUCCCAUAUCCCCAUUAUGCAAAGUCAUCGCUUCAGACACAAUCCUUUUUAAAAAGAGAGUGGCAUUUGUGUAAAAGAUUUUAGUAAGUGUAAAUUAUCAUUUGUUAUUAAAUGCUUUUAGAUGAGAAAAAAUUACAUAAGCCAUGUAACACGGCCCUCCAGUUCACUACUCAGAACUGCAAUUAGGCCAUCUUUGGUCCUGGUUAGUAGCCCAUGACAGGGCUUUGUGGCUAGCAUGGCUUUAUUUGAUAGAAACCGUGCUGUCAGGUUUACUGACUACACACUUUACCCAUUAGAUUAUCACAAGCCAAACCUCCAAUCAUAGAUUACAUUUCAAAUAUAUCAAACCGAUAUCAUCAAACCUGAAUCACUGAUGUGGUUCAAUGUCUGUAUGGAUGCUUUCUUACCAUACCAGCCGGAACAUUCCGUUGUCAUAAAUAUUGCAGUGAUGGGAUUGUUGAGCACAUGGUGUCAGAGCUUUCAAAAGCCCAUAGAAAGAUGUACACACAGUGGGAGAUCUCACAUUGCAUGUUCUGAGACUUUUGCCAAGAAUAAGAUGCUUUUCACAAAAAGAAAAUGUAUUCUUUCUACACUCUAAAUUGCUCUCACUAUUUGAUUUACAUUAUUGAGUAUCUUUAAUGGAAAUAUAAAUUUUAAUGUGAAACAAGAAAAAAGAAAUUGUGUCAUGCUUUUGGGACCAGUAUGUCCCACACUGCUUUCCCCUGCUGCUUAAACACGUCAUUUCCAUGCAGUUUAAACUCAUUUGCUUUGUGAUAGCUGAUUACCUUCAAUUAUGACAUAAUUAUACAUUUUGUAGUAAGUACUCACUGACAGAAAAAAAUAUAAUACUGUAACAUUUUAUUCUUGGGGACAGUAAUUCCAUAAAUGGGUACGGUGGUAUUUCUGUGUUUAGCUCCAUUCAUGGAUAUAAUGUUUAUGGUAGUAUUGAUGAUGAAGUACCUUUGUAUCUGUGCACAAACUAUGGUUUACUCAUUGAAUAAGCUUCUAAACAAGCAGUAUUUGACUGUUUCUCUGUAAGUUUAUUGUUGUUCAGAUUUACUUAUGAAGCACAUUCUGUAUGUACUGUAAACAUCUAUAAUCAGAUUAUUAAACUUAGAAUUCAACAGACUUUUUCACUUACCCAUUUAUAAUUAUUUAUGGAUUUAAAAAAUAAAACAAAUAAAGCCAUCUUCACAGCAAUGUUUUUUUCUGCAAAUCUGCAUAUCUCCACUGUGUACAUUUGAGUGAUCCUGCCUUAAAUUGAGAUUUAACCAGCACUCAAAAACAAGACUGAUAUGUGAUUAGCUUAUACAGUGGAUGGAAGCCUUGCGCCGCUAACUAACUCCUCAUUUUUCACAGGUGGCCUUCUUAAUAAAGUGCUGCUGUCAUGAUAAA